AUGAACAAAAUGUAAGUUUGAGACCCGAUAUGGUUCAGAAUAUAUACCUACUUAUUUUGUUUUUAGUUUAAUUAUUUUACUAUUAUUAUAUGUAACUAUGUUUAGUUUCAUGUCUGUCAAUGUUCUAUUUUCCAUUCAUCUUUAAAAAUAUGCUAUUGAUAAAAUUGUUUUUUUUUUUUAAGCAUUCUAUCGGUCACACUCGGAGUUGUAUUCUUCUUGGCUCUUGCACAUUCGAAUGCAAACGUGUGCACAAUUUUUGAAAACAAUUUGUAAGUAAAUUUUUAUAUUCAAAUCAUUUUUAAAUUGAUAACCAAUUUUAGCCGUUCAGUAAAAACAAUUGUAGUCUUAAAACAGUAUAGUACCAUAUUUUAACUGGCUAUUGUUUAAAUAUACCAGCUUGUUCAUCUGUAAAAAUAAAACCAUAAUAUCAUGUAUAAAUUUAAAUUUAGUAUUAAUCCUUUUUGGUUUUUUUUAAACAUACAUUUUUUUUUUCUGAACAAUUUUAAUGUUUACAUUAAUCUAAACUGAUAUUGUAUUGAAUUUGAUUAUAUAUUCAAUAGUAUUUUGAUUUUUAUAUUUAACUAAAUGUUUUACCAAAGUAUUUUGCAUUAGGUAAAUUUAAUAACAAAUAUUUUAAUUUCAUUCAGAAAAACAAAUAAAAUAGUUUAAAGAGUUUGUGUGAUAUUAUUAGGAUUCUAUAAUCUUUCCACUCUUAAUGACAUAUAUAUUUUUUUGAUUAUUAAAGGAUUAAGAAACGGUUUCCCAAAUUUUCUCCAAUUUUGUAGAAUUUGAAAAUUAUAUUUUAUCUUUCAAUGAAAAAAUUGAUAUACAAAUAUACUAUCCAGUACACAUUUAAGGAAAAGGGAUACAAUAUUAAUAAAUGUAAAGUAGCUAUAUGCCUGACAAAAAUGUUAAUAUUUACAGUAGUUCGAUUUCGAAAAAAAAAAAUAUGCUUGAAUUUAUAAACAAGUUUACUUUGUAUCAAUCAGAGCACUUUAUGAAUUUUCAAUGGUAAGUAAUAAAAUAAAGUGAUCAUAUGAAAAAUAUGCUUCAAUCGAUGCAAAGUAAACCUAUACAUUUUGAAAUUUUUUUUUAAAUCAAAACACAAUUAUUAUCUGACGUUUAUUUUUUUUUGAAGAAAUUUUCAUGGUGUUAAAAUUAUAACUUUUUAUUUCCUUUAUAGAAAUGGUUACAGAAAACCAUCUCAGGAGCUUGUGACAAUUUCAAACGAUACAGAUCAAUGCAAAUUUACUCCUUUAAACAACUACUACAUUCGAGAUACGUACAGGACUAGAAAUUUGAAUAUUAGAUCUGAGAGCCGCAAAGUUCGUGUGGAUGGUAAAGAGCAAGAACGCAGGCUUUGGUUAAGAGUUGACGAUACUAGAAAGGUCAGAUUGACAAGAUCAACAUCAUUACCUAACAUACGCCGUGAACAUGUUCGAAAUGCAAGAGAGAGAGACAUUGACUUCAGAGGAAUUGAACGAAAUGACAAGAGGUUUUUGAAAUAUCGUUCAGACGAGAGAACUUUUAGACGUGAAGUGAGAGAUGGUAGAUAUGAACGACAAACAUCCAGAGAUAACAUCAAUGCGAGGAGGACAACAAAUAACAGAGAGGUACUUAAUUAUUUUAUUACACUAUAAAAUCAAUUAAUAAUUAACUACUUAAUAAUAUUUCUACAGAAUGAUAUGGUUGCUGUCAAUGACAAAGAGACUUCAACUGAAUGGUAAAUUAUUGUUGAUACUAUAGUACACACAUUAUUUAUGUCAUUAACUUAAUAAAUAAUUAUUUUAGGCCGUUUUCCAACUUUGUUCAAUCAGCCAUUGGGGUACUGGGCCUAUACUACUUUGGAAAGCACAAUAAAAAUACUAAGUAA